GAUAUUACGGUUCAUGUUGCCAGGGAGUGACUGAGCCGUAGUCAUACAGACACAAUAGAGCUGCAGUCACCAUGUAUAUAGCAAGUGUUUGUAUUUGAAAUUAUUAGAGCAAUAUGUAGCAUCUCUCAAAUUCUGUGAGUGCACUUUCGAAGCGUUGUUCUGGGGCUAUUAUCAGUGAGCUCUGAUGCCUUUGCACUAACAAGCUAGCUUCGUUAGACAGGAGAGUGGCCGUGCAGUGCACCGUUAGCUAGCUUUAGCCAGUUUGAUAACAGCUGCCUUGCCAGUUUUUACUAUGGAGUUUCCUUUUGACAUAAACCAAUUAUUCUCCGAGAGGAUCUCUGUCUUGGACCAGACCUUGGUUGCAGGCCGCAAAUCUGCAGGAAGGCCAGAUCUUCAAGCUCACAUAGCCACAGUUAUUGAUGAACUUGGGAGGGCCUCAGCAAGGGCCCAACAGCUCACAGCACCUAUAACAAGUGCUUCCAAGCUGCAGACCCAGAAGCAUCAGCUCUAUCUUCUUAAGGAUGGAGAGAGCAGCGGGGGACGUGGUGUGGUAGUGGGAUUUCUGAAGGUUGGCUACAAGAAGUUAUUUUUGCUGGACCGGCAGGGUGUGCACGUAGAGGCAGAACCACUCUGUGUUUUGGAUUUUUACAUAGCAGAGAACCUGCAGCGAAAUGGCUAUGGGCUUGAGCUAUUUAACUUCAUGCUGCAGCACAAGAAUUUAGAGCCAGUGCUGAUGGCUUAUGACAGGCCUUCACCUAAAUUCCUGUCUUUCCUGGCAAAGCAUUACUGCCUCACGCAGAGUGUUCCUCAGGUCAAUAACUUUGUGGUUUUUGAAGGCUUCUUCCUCAACAGAGCAGCGGCCCAGUUGAGAAAGGUUCCCCCAGAGCAGAAGACUCUUCCUUGGCCGUUUGCUCCUCCCCACUCCCCCCAGCGCUCGGUAGCCUCCCAGUGGUCCAAAUCCCUCAGCGUGGGAUGCUCCCCCAGCAGGGCACCCCCUCGAGUCACUCCAACUUCUUCCCCUGGUUGCAACAGGAACCAGAGCCCACAGUCACCUCUCAGCGAUCGCUGCAGAGCAAGACGCACCAGUAGUCAACAGGGUCUAGUUGCGAGAUGCAACUUGUACAGUCGACACAUGGACACCAGAGCUGUUGGACUGCUGCACAGACGCUCUCCGGCACCAUGUGCCACCUCAGGUCUGAGAGCAGUAGGGGAUCAGUCAUACACAUUGGGAUACAGUAUUCACUCACAACAAAACAGGAACUGGCCUGUCUUGCUUCCACCUCUCUCUACAUCCAAGAAGGACUGCAUAAGCAGCACUGCCUCUUUAGACAGGAGAGAAACACACCUGGGCACAGAUCCUGAAUCCCGUCGUUCUGAAGAGGAGAUGAAGGUUCUGGACAGUUCACAGCUUCCAGCAGGCAGACCUCUGUUGUGGGAGAGUGACAGAGUUGAAGACAGGUCAUGGGCUGUGGGGGUGCACUGCUACACUGCCCAGUGGGUGAAGCAGAAGCAGAAAUACAGGAGCACCCGGCCCUGGUGAAUGUGUGACGAUUACAGACUUUAAACAUUAUCAAAAUGUUGAUGCCUAAAAUGCUUUCAGACAUGUUUGAGCCGAGUGUUUGAGAGCCCACGAUGCAACAAUUUCUUUGUGAAGUUUAAGUGCCCAAAGUUCAGUUCAGAACAAAUACACUUCCAGUCUUUCUGGUUUUAGAAAGGUUAUUAUAAUGGCUGCUUUAGUUGGUUUCCCAAAUGAGUUCUUCAGCUGUCAACUAGCUCAUCUUUUCUAGUCAACUGCAACUGGAUAAGAUUUUCCGUAGAAGUCAGACUGGCUGCGUCCUUGCUAAUUGAAUAAUUGGCCCAUUAAGUCAGUGGUGUUACUGGCAAGACAGGUCCAGCUAACUCAGGUAGGUGUUUCCCUUUAGUAGCCUUCGCACUGAGCGUUGUUAGGUUCACUUAUUUUGUUGUAUAAAUUCAGGGAAACAUUGCAUAAGACAAAGGUUACUAACGUGAUCUUGGUUCAUAGUGACUUUUGUAUUUAAUUAAUUAACAAAAUGAAUCCAAUUGAAUUUAUUUGAAUGUGUCAUCAUCCAUUUUCUUGUAUUACGUGGACAGAUUGGAUAGGAUGGGAUAAUAGCAUGAUAAACUUUCAGUUGAUCACAUUUGGGUCGUUGCAUUUUUUAGCAAAUAUUUAAAAAGAGUGAUACAGUACUCUUAAUUUUCCAUUUCUGUUUUGCACAUGUGUAACAGCUACAUGCAGCCACAGACUGUAACAUAACGACAUGAUGUACAGACAGGUUACUGUGUCCUUGACUGCUUACUUUAAGGUGAAGUGUCUUAGCGAGCAUUGGCCUGCCAGAUUCUCUCAGAACUGCUUCAAUGUACCCUGGCAUUGAUUUUCCAAGUCUCUGGAAAGAUGGAUCUGUAUCAGUCUUCCAAAAGAUUUGAUGGUUAUGGAGUUGAGUGUUUAACGCAUCAAUCCAAAUUCUCCCCUUUUUGACUGGGUUCAGAUGUGGUGACAGGGUAGAUAGUACAUCAGACCAUGUAAUUACUUAUGAGAUACCCUGAGGGUAAUGUGUGUCAGGCAGUAUUUAAAAUAAUAACUCGUAACCAAUGUUGGUGUUUUUCAGAUCUUGCAUGUAAGCAAAUCCUUAAACAUGCAAACAUGGUCUGUAGACUGCGUGCUAAUGGUACAGGUCAUCCACAAGUGCAAAGCACAGAAAUAGACAAUUAGUCAUUUUUAAUAUUUGUUCAAAAAUCAAACAAUUAAAAAAGAACAGAAACUGUGUAUUUGUGGAGAAAUCAAGUAAAACAUUUUGAUUUAUUUUGGACUUAAAGAAGUCUCCCAUGGACAGAGCUUCCUGCAACUUUCCACUAACUGGAUUUUCAUUAAAUAAUGGAAAUGUUUGUGAGACAAAACAUAUGUUUUUAGGUUUUUCAGACAGAAUUGAAAACAAAUUGAAAGUUUACACAUUUUUGCUGUAAUGUAAACUUUAGUUAGAAUGGUCCAUAAAGCCAAAAUACACCACGAUAUAUCCUUAUUUUCUCAUUUUUACACUUCCAUGAACUUUAGUAUCCAACAGUCAGAAUGGGCUUAAAGCCUAAUGCCAAAGCCUGUUUCCUGGGUUUAACUGAACGUAUAACUUCUCUGUUUGAUUGUUUAUUGUUUUGUUUUGUUUUAGUUGAGUCAGUCUGCUUUGGAGUUCAUACUUAAAAGAAGCAGAAUCUGGGAUUUAUAUGUGUCACUUAGUCUUUUCUGAAUAAAUUAAGCCAAAUGAGAAAAA